AUCUAUUGUUCCGUGAAGCAUCGAGUCGACACAUACAGCCAUCAGCCAUCACGAUAUCACAACAACAGCACUCACAGGACCCAAAUAAGUAUUGCUGUCCUGCCUUUCAAGCUCAUUCAUCUGCAUUGGGGUCCUGGAGCCCACUAGCUAGGUAGCUACUAGAAGUUUCCCAUUGGGUUUCCUCCUUCUGAAGUUACUUUGUUUGUGGUAGCUCCCCUUAUCAUUCAAACGGAAUGGUAGAUACCCUGUAGAUUCGAGUCGAAUCAGUGAGAUGAUGGCAGCAGACUCUCUUUGAUACUGUACCCCAAGAAAAAGACUAGGUCCACUCCAUUUCUCAUAGGAUGACAGAUCGUCCAGAUCCUGAGGCUCAUGACGUCCUGGAAGAUGAUACAAAGAAUGAUAGCAACAAGCACUACCAUGCAGCCGCUCAUACGUCGGCUCCACAUGCACUGAAUUUUGACGAAACGGAUGAUGAUGAUGAUGACGACGACCUUCCCUUUCUUCGAUCCUUAAAACGAGGAGAUUCCGCGCUACCCAGCAGUGCCAGUAAGGCCCGAGGACGACACAAUGAACGAGAUCUACAGCCAAAGAGGUCUCACUCAGAUCCUGCCAGUAUUCGCAAACACUUGUUUGAAUUGAUGGAUGCCGCCAGAAAACCAACCAAUGAAUCCACAGCAGGUGCAGUUGUUCCAACACCCCCAAGUCCCAGUCCAGCUCGGCAAGAAACGACAACCACAACUAGCACUACUACUAGAGAUACUACAGGUGCCGUCAAAAUGGGCACAUCCAACUCGGCAGUAUCCCUCCGCGGUGCUGCCGGAGUGACAUUUGCCCCCAACACACACCGAACCAACCAUAAGAAUGCCACUUGGCAGCACACAACUACCAACAAGCAGCAGGAAGCCGGCCAUUUCCGUCGUCGGUAUAGUAGCUCGGCUGCCGUGGCGACCAGUAGCAAUGGCAGCACACCGGGAACUCCCACGGGGCUCUCGUCGUCCACCAGCACAUCCAUUAGCACCAACACCAAAAAUCGCGUCCGGGUGUACCGAUCGUCUCUGACGGACAAAUUGACAACCCGUGACAUUGCCGCUUUGGACUUUUUGUUGGGCAUUCCUUUGGAAGUGGAGGAAUCCAUUGUGCAAAAUGGCUGGAUGUUGCAGCAAAUACGGAGAAAAACAUUUCGGGCUCAUAGUGGCGUUACCGAUUAUGAUGAUGAUGACGACGACGACGAUGAUGAGCGGGAUCAUAUUAUGUACGAUGAUGAAAAUGACUAUGGACGACCACAACAACAAGACGAUGUUGCCAAACGAGAAGAAAUCAACGCCUUACUGGAACCACCUGGUAGUGCUGCAGCUGUGGCUACCACGGCUCAAUUGGCGUCACAUUCACAUUCUCAUCAUGGACGAUGGUGGGAGAAAUGGGUACCACGAGAAGGCAACAAUAAUCCCUACAUGACGAGAUUCAACACCAAUCCAUCCACAAGCAAACACAAGGACGAUGGGGAAUUGGAAUUACCCACUGAAUCGACUGGAAUGGGUGGUGACAUGCUGCACGGGACACCCGGCACCGACAUGACAUCCACAACGGGAACCACUCGAACAUCGGCUGCCGCCAAAGCCAACAAUAAUAACAACAACAACAAUGGAAUGCCGACAGCUCCCAUUUACGCUCCAGGACGUCGAUUGGAGGGAGACGACGCCGUGCUAGUGCAGAUUCCACUCAAGGUGGACACUGUCACACGACAAAAGUCAAUCGCACGACAAGCAGCCAUUCGAGAAUGGGAAAUCAAGGUCGCUCACGGGCUCAUGGGGGGCAUGGAUAGUCGAAGAAACCUUGCUACUACUACAUCAAGAGCAACAGCAUUCGGACAAUCCACGACGAGUCAACAAUCGCUACCGCAACAACAGGCACUCCUAGAUGGUAGAAUGUUCUUCUCCGCUUCGGGAUCGUAUCCACUGGGCGUGUUCUCCUUGAAACGAUAUGAACCGAAACGAGAAGAAGCUGCCCGGAGGCGGCUCAAGCUGGAAGCUCGUGGUGGUGGCGGAUCUCACUUUGUCAUGCCCAGUCGGGAUUGGAGGGGUAUCUCGUUUCGGGCUCUCCUACCUCGCAAAGCGCAACAAACACGCAGCCACAAGGGCUUUAAUCGUUUCCUCAGUGGAGGAAUCACGUCGGCGGAUGGAACCACUGGUGAUAAUGGUAAAAGUCCCGCCAACAAAAAACGCAGACAACUGCUUCGAGAUGACAGUGACCUGCCCAACGUGGAAGAGAACAACAUUAGCAAUGAUGAAGACGACGAAGACAGCGAUAGUGAAGAUACACUCUCUUCGUCGUCUUCAGAAGACUCAUACAUCCCUGGCAUUCUCGAUGACCCCGAGAUCAAAUACGGCCGCCAUCGGAAUGUCAUGAUUGGAGAUGCUGUCACAGGGUGCAUCGUGGCUUCCACCAUUCAGUUUGUCAAACCAACGCUGCUCAAAGCAGAUUUGAACCAGAAAUUUCGAGAUCGCUUUGAUGGUUGGGAGCCCAACAAAUCACAACGCAAGUACAUUGGUGCGAGGGUGGUAGACGGUGUUUACACGUUGAUUGAUCCGACGGAAAGUCAGCAGCAGCAAGAUCAUGCAACGGGAGGAGUGUUGGAACACGUUGAUAAAGUGCUUGGCGACGCAUCUGAACCUUCCCCCUCGGCUGCUACACCAGCCAUUAUUCGUAUGCCACCCUCGUUGACAUUGUCCAAAAUCCGAAGUGUCAAGCGACAAGCUCUCAUGGCGUUUGUCAGAGCCGACUUGGAAAUUGGGACGAUCGCCUUGGCAUGUGUUUACUUUGAACGGCUGUGUUUGUCCUGCAGAGUUGACAAGACCAAUCGACGACUCUGCUUUGCAUCCUGCAUCCUAAUGGCGUCCAAAAUCAACGAACCCAAUGAAGUGUUGGUCAUGAAAGAAGAUACUGCUGCAUCAGAAAGUGGGGAUGAGGAAGAAAGAAACAACACCAACAUCAGAAAGAAAUUCAAACGGCUGGAGUCGUCAAUUCGCCCCAGUAAGCGAAGUUCCACCAUGUUUGCGUCCUUGUUGACAUUCUUCACGCAGGAAUGGAAUCUUUCGCUUAAGCACUUAUUCGCAGCCGAAUGGGGGGUCUUUGCGGCGCUUCGGUUUUCGCUGCAUGCCACGCCAUCACAAGUCGCCUUUCACUUCAAACGCUUGAUGAAGACACUGGAGUGGAACCCAGGGGACUAUCUGGGAUCAGUAAUGUAUGAACAGUGGCAGGAUGCCUUGGCAAAAGAAGAGCAGCAUAAUCUUGCACGAGAGAAACGGCGCGAAAGGAGACGACUGCGCAAAGAGCGGAGAUUGCAUCGCGAGUUGCAAAAGGAAGUGAUUCGAGGCAAGUACAAUCAGAUGGCAGAGAAGGAUUCAAUGCGAAAGAAGAGUGCUACCAAAGGGAAAGGUACUGUUUUCUUUGAGCAGACCGAGAAGGAGGGCGAUUCUCAGCAGGAUGAGAAUGCCGUUGGUAAGAAGAGCGCUGCAGCACAAAAGAAAUCCAACCCCUCCAGCAAUGAUGAUGCGAGUGACCAUGCCAAACGCCCCGGCAGGAGCAGCUACCACACGCCUCCUGGUAUUACGUCGUCGCAUUCGGCCGACGAGAUGACGAUGGGCUCUAGUCGUGCCCAACCUAAAAGAAGCUCUUCUGCCCAUCGGUUGCUACUUGCGGGCAUGUCGCGCUCCCCCACCCCCCAUGGCAGUCCAAGGAAGGAGCGACUGAGCUUCCCCGGAAUGAUGCCUACUGUACCGACUUCUACCACGAAUGCCAUGUCUACUGCCCGAGCCGGUGGCGGGGAGGCACCUCCAAACACACCUAUUGCCAGCGGUGCCCCUCGCGGUCGCAAGAACCGUCAAAUGAAGCUCUUUACACGCCUCGGAAUGCGCCGACCCGUGAGUAGCGACAAACUGUCAGAGAUGGGAAGCAAUUCAAGUCGCGAUAAUAAACGUGAAGUGUCUCCUUCGUCGGCCUUGGCAUCUUCACCGUCCAUGCCCCAUAUAGCCCUUGCAGAAUCUGAGCGAGAUCACGAAGAAGAGCAGCCCAAUACGCCCCCUUCGGCACGCGCUUCGAACACGACAAACAACGGAGAAUCUGUUGCCAUUGAUAUACCCAAUGAUGGCAACGAUAAUGAUUUGGCACACGGAGAGGACAAGUGUGAGACGGACGAUGACGAUGACCUGGGGAUUGUAGUUUAGCACAAGUGUCCGUUGCAGCUUUUGUAGAGUUGCAACAUAUCGGUACAUGAGCUACAUACCGUUGUGGUUAUCGAACAUGCAGCAUUGUGGCAGUUGCCAACCCAGACUCUGGGCAGCGAAGACAAGUAAGCAGCCAAAAAAGACAAUUCCUACCGGUACCAGUGCCGAUGUCAUCACACUAGCAGUUCUGGAAGAUUUGGAAACAAAACCAAGGCUGGUUUUAAAAGCACAGCUGGGUCUCUAUCCAGAACAUCAAUACCGUCCAAGGCACUACGUAUCACGGAUACAGGCCAACCAAAGAGAGCACAAAGACAACAUUGAAUGGUUGUGCUGGCUCUCUAGCGGGGAUGAUCAGAACGAGGUUCCUGAGCAACUAUUGUAAACUUUCAAGAAUUAGUUGAAGAUGCUUUAGUAAAGUUAGACGUCCAGGUUCUGCUUUGUCCGAUUCCUUUCUAUUUAUUGUGCAGCAUU